AGCAGUAUAUUUUUUUUGAAAAUUUGAUAUUUCAAUGAUUGCAUUGUAAGUUUUGAAAAAAAAAUCAAGAAUCAAAAAUUCAAAGAACACACUUUGGUGAGACCAAGUUUUGGAGUGAAUUGAAAAGUCAAAAAGCAUCUGGUUCUAUGUCAGAUGAUGAGACGUAUAUUGAAGUGAGAGCCAAAAAGCAUGCGAUUCCAUGUCGUGUGAUGAGGUUUUUGAGUGAAUAAAAAUCCAAAAAGCUCGUGGUUUUACGUCAUGAGAUGAGGAUCAAAUUUUUUUUGCUUGUGUCAACAUGACAAAGUGAUGUUCUACAAAACAAAUUCCAAACUUACUCUUUGCAUAGAAAUAAAUGAUAUUUUCAGAAAUUUUAAUUUUUUUCUUCAAUGUAUAUAUUUUUGACCUUAAAUUAUUUUGCAAUUAUUACAAAUCACUUACAAUCCUUUUGUAUUAAACUCUAGUAUCCAAGUUUGUAAAUAGACAACUUUUACAUUUAGCCAAUAAAAUUAAUUUAUGUGCAUCUUUUAGAAAAAUAAAUAAAAAUAUUUUGCUAACUUUUUUGUAAAAAGGGUGCUAUUUCUAGUAGUUCUAUUUUUGUAAAGAUUAAAUAAUGUAAAAAAGUUUUGUGCAACAAAUUGUUUAAAAUGUGGUCAAUAGUUUUUCCAAAAUCUUUUUAAUAAGUAGUUGAUCCAAGAAUUUCAUUUGUUGUGGUACUCUGUUGCUUGAGGGCAAGCAACGCUUAAGUGUGGGGAAUUUGAUAAAUUCAUUUUGUACGCACUUAUCUUCUCUUUAUUUAACGUGUUGUUGUCUAAUUUUGGAUUAAACAAAUCAAUUUCUCAAUGGUUUUUAUAAGUUUUUAUUCAUAAUUGUAAAAGUGCACAAAAGUUAUGUCUAGUUUUAAAAAGAAUAAAAAUUGAGUCAAAAGUGGUGCAAAAAGAGUAUAAGAUUGUGCAAAUGAAAUGUAUCGGAGCAAAGGAGAAAAAGAUGGUGAAAAUCCAUGAAGUAAGAAGUAUAUAUUCAAUUGUGGAGAUGCAUCCCGUCAAGAGAUUUGAGGUCAAACGGAUUGAAAAAGUACUAAAAGAAAUUGUUUAAAAAGAAAAAGUAAAAAAAAGUUUGUUUUGAUUCAAAUUAAUUCGUCUGACCCAAAUUGGUUUGGAAUUUGAAGUCGGCGCAGAAGAAAAAGUUGUUCAGAAUAAAAUUUUGAGUAAUACUGUACUUUUGGAACAAUUUUCGGAAAGGAUCAAAAUCCGGCCAACCAGGCGCUGCCACGUGGCGCGACCUGGCUGGCCGGCCAACUACAGCAGACAGCAUGUGGGGGCGUCUUCCGGCCCAGGAUUUCUCAUGCCUAUAUAAGGCGGAUCGACGAGCUUCGACAAUCAUCAGCUCCUUCCGGGUCUUCUAAGGCCCGGACCACCUUUCUAGCCCGUUUUCAGUUAUAUUUUAAUAUUUUUAGUUUAGUUUUGUUCCGGUUGUUUCGAAGUGGCCCCGGCUCUAGUCCCGGUUGUAAGUUUAUUUUUACAACUUUUAAUAAAAUGUUCUUUUAUUUUAUGCACUGUUAAUAUCUAGUAUGGGUUAGGGCCCGGAUUAGGAUCUUGGCUAAAUUUGGGCAUAUACUAUGUAUGUUUAUUUAAUAGUUGGAAUAAUUGUUCUAGAAUUAUUUUUAUUGUUAAAUUAAUUAAUUAUGUCGAGAGAAAAAUUAAUUAAUAAUUGGAAAUUAGUUUUUACCUUGUCUAUGAGGAUGUAAAAUUAAUUAAGCCAAACUUUUUAGAACACAUUAAUGAUGCCUUGAGAGAGGAUAAGUUAAUGAAAUAUUUGUGACAGAAAUAUAUUUAUUCUAAUUAUUGAUUAAAUAUGUGACAACAGUAGUUAACCCAGAUGAUGCCUUGGCCCAAAAUCUAGUCCUAUAUCCGUACUAUUUAUUUUCUUUUUCUCAAAAGCACACAUUAGUUUAGUUUAUUUUUAUUAUCAAAUCAAAAAGAGAAGACUUUCAGACCUGUCCAAACCUUCGUCUAGUUAUAAAAAUUAACUAAUUCCCUUCGUCCACUCCUCGAGAGACACGACACUCGGAGAAAACUAACCCUUAAUUGGGAAGGUUGACUUACCGAAAAAUUCAACAACCAGUAAUCCAAGAGAAUGGAUCAAACAAUGUGGAAAAUGCUUCUCCCUAUUUAAAAUUCCUGAUAAUCAGAAGGUGACUUUAGCUUCAAUUCAUUUGGAGGGGAGGGCUAAGAUAUGGUUUGAAGGUUAUGGGCGAGCUAGGCCUAUUGUGGAUUGGGAGGAUUUUAUUGUGGAUUUGUAUGCAAGAUUUAAAGAUGAUAAACAUGUAUGUUCAAGAUUCAGUACUGAUGCCGGUCACAAAUCUUUGUUGAACCAUCCAGCAUCCACAUCUAGCCCUUUGAUCACUCAGGAAUCUUUUGGAAGAUGGUCUGAUGUACACCUGGAUGGUCUGGAAACUUAUCAAGGGCACACCAGCAUGGUGAAGUCUUUCAGUGUUAAUAAUGUCUCUCUUUUUGAGUCCUCAGCUGAUAACCUUGUGCAAAAGGACUCAUAUUUGAAGUUGGAGUUUCAGGUUUCAAGAAAAACAACACUGAUUCCAGUUGACUGUUCCCAUUUAGUAGAACACCUCUCGUCCGAGUCUUGUGAUGAUUCAGAUGUGGCUAAGAGAGACAAAAGAGAAAUUGUUAAGGAAAAUGCUUCUGAGGAACAUAAAUCAAUGGCUAAGCUUGAAUUUGUGGCCAGGACCAAUAGUGCUGAGAGCUCUCAAUACUCUAACAGCAAGGUCCAGUUUCCACCACAAGGAAACCCAAGGUCUAUAUCUUUUGCUAUAGGAGGGGAAAUAAUGGCAAAUGGAUUGGACUAUUACUGUGGUAUUCCAUUUGAAUGGGGACAUAAGUGUGAGAGAAAGGGGAUUCAGCCCUUUCUGGUGGAGCUUUUAGGAAAAAAAAUGGUUGAUCAAUUUGAGAUACCUGGUUGGGCAGCAAGGGCUGGCAGUGCAACAUCCAUUUCAAUUCACACUUUACCUAGGAACAGUGGUUGCCAAAUUAUGAGGAUGACAGGAUUUGUAGGGAAAAGGGCUUUACAAUUUUUGAUAGAUUCAGGAGGUACACACAGCUUUGGGGUUAAUAUGAUGCCCAUAAAGCUAGGUUUUUACCCUAAAUUCAGUAGGGCCUUGAGAAUAACAGUGACAACUAGAUACAACAAACAAGGUACCUCAGUCUGUAAAAAUAUCAUAAGAGUGCUGCAGAAUGGAACCAAAGAGGCAUUACCUUUACUCUUCAAACUAUUAAAUGAGUAUGUCAGGGUCCAGGUUUUGCAAACCCCGGCUGGUCUCCCACCUAAUAGAAGUACUUUUGAUGCUGGAAUUUCACCGAGAGAAGGAAGCCAUCUAGUAACUCUCAUACCUUACAAACACUCGCAAAGUGAUGAAACUCAUUCCCAGGAAAUCUGCAAGGUAAGUGUCAACUGUUCUAGACCUCUUCAGAUUUUGGACCAAAUAAGAGUAAGGAGGAGAAAUACUACCAGAAGACAGUGGUUAGUUCCUUGGUCAGGACAAUUACAAAGGAAGAGAAAAUGUAAAGGGGUAUUAAGGAGGAAUGUCUUUAUGGAUGUUAUAGAAGGGUGGCUUAACUCAUUGGGUAGACAAACUGAAGUUGUUAAUAGAUACCCUGAGACCCAUUUGAGAGCCAUGGGCAAUGAACUCCCAAAACUAAUCAAGGAGGCAACACAUCCACAGUUACUCUCUUGGUUACUUGGAUUAACUGCUGCAACUAGGCUUCAACCACUGGUUGUACCAGCUAGAACACAAGGGUUGAUUCCAUGAGAAGUAGAUUGGGUAUGCACAUGUGUUCAGCUCAUCAGUUCAACGCACCCUUUUACCACUUUAAAGGAGGUCUAAAACAGAGCGAAGCAAUUGGUUGAUUCUCGUGGCAUUGAUAAGAUUUUGCAGCAGGGUCCCUUACAUAUUCAAGUGAGGAGUGGCCAUGUGGCUUUUACAAACUAUUGCUGCGAGAGGGUGCAGAGGUUCACAAUGUCUCUAUUGAAAGCUUUUAAAGGACCAAUGCUGACUACUCCAUCCAGGUUUCUAUGUCAAAGGGUACAAGAUGUUGCAAGGAAGUGGUGAGGAUUCGGAAACCAGUUUUAGCUUUUCAACCUUGAGGACAAGGUUGUCCUAAGGGGGGUAGUAUGCUACAGUGUAAAUGGGGGUUUGGUGGGUUUGUUAGGGUUAUUAGUUGGGGUAGCUCUUAUAAAUACCCACCCUAUCU